AUGGUGGCAAAACUUGAAAACAUAGAUUACGCUUACAAGAUCAAACGUGGGUCUCGGAUUACCUUCUUGCAGGUGACAAAUGCGUUCAGCACAGAGCUUCUCGGCGAUCAGGUGGCAGUGAAAGUAAUUGACAAGAAAAGAGCCAAAAAGGACACCUAUGUCACCAAGAAUCUGCGACGGGAAGGGCAGAUCCAGCAAAUGAUCCGCCACCCCAACAUUGCUCAGUUGCUGGAUAUACUGGAAACGGAAAACAGCUACUACCUUGUCAUGGAGCUGUGCCCUGGUGGCAACUUGAUGCACAAGAUUUAUGAGAAAAAAAGACUUGAAGAGCACGAAGCACGCAAAUAUAUCAGGCAGCUUAUUCUGGCAGUAGAGCAUCUUCAUCGGGCAGGAGUAGUUCACAGAGACUUGAAGAUAGAAAAUCUGUUGCUAGAUGAAGACAACAAUAUCAAGCUUAUUGACUUUGGCUUGAGCAACUGUGCAGGCAUCUUGGGUUACUCUGAUCCGUUCAGCACCCAGUGCGGGAGCCCAGCGUAUGCAGCCCCUGAACUUCUGGCGAGGAAAAAGUAUGGGCCGAAAAUAGAUGUUUGGUCCAUUGGGGUAAAUAUGUAUGCAAUGUUGACUGGAACGUUACCUUUUACUGUGGAGCCGUUCAGCCUGAGGGCUUUAUACCAGAAAAUGGUGGACAAAGAAAUGAACCCGUUUCCCACCCAGCUCUCUACAGCGGCCAUAAACUUUCUACGAUCUCUACUAGAGCCAGAUCCUGCAAAGAGACCAAACAUCCAGCAGGCACUUGCAAAUCGCUGGCUUAAUGAGAAUUACCCCGGGAGAGCACCACCUAACGUCACGUAUCCAAACAGAAUUCACCUCGAGGACCUCAGCCAAAGCGUGCUGCUCCAUAUGACCGAGAAGCUCGGCUACAAGAACAGCGAUGUAAUCAACACGGUGCUCUCCAACCGCGCAAGCCACACGCUUGCCAUCUACUUUCUGCUGAAUAAGAAGCUGGAGCGCUACUUGGCAAGCCUGAGGAAGUCUGAAGGCCAGGACAAUAUUUGCCACAAGAACCAACUGUACCAGGUAGAAAAAUACAAGGCAAAUAAAGACUCCUAUGAGGACAAAAAACUCAAAGAACAAGAAAAGAAAGGGGAGAUUCUUCACCGUCCACCCCCAAAGAAAACUGAGAAAAGUCCAGUUUCAUAUAGACAGCCUUCUUCCUGUCUUAUCUCACAGAUACAGAACACCAAGGCACUGCUGAGGGACCGAAAAGUCACCAAGGCUGGAGGUCCAGAUAAAGACUCCACGGGUGGGUUAAGCCCCUUCCAUGAACCUGUGGCAACCAAGACGGGCUGCGUCACUUCCAGUUCCCUGGAAUAUCUUGAAAUCCAACAGCCAGUUCCACGAACCCCCCGACUCCUCAAGAGACAGGAUUCCCCACAGCAGGAGCCCGCGAGGAUCAGCGGCCAGGCAAAGGACUCUCCUCUGAUUCUCAAUAUUGUUCAUUCUUUCGAAUCUGUUGACAGAGAGGACCAAAUAGACCAAGUUUCCCCCUCUCAUCAGUACCGAAUUUUAGGCUCACCAAUAAAUUUUCCUUAUAAAAGCUCAAGUGAAAGGACACUGUCCCCACUUUUUCAGCCAGGAAGUACGUCCCCUGCCAGAAGCCCUGUUCACCCUACCCAGGUCUCCUUCACAUACGAAGAGAAAGUGAAUCCGGCGAGAGAUGAGGCGGUGUCCCCCACUCAGCUGGUUCCCAACAAUCCCUUGGGCAGUCCUAACUGUGUUAAAAGCCGAGGCAGGUUCCCCAUGAUGGGGAUUGGACAGAUGCUGCGGAAGAGGCACCAGACCAUGCAGUCAGCCAGUGACAAGCCACUGGAAACGAGAAUGCCGCAACUGCAGCAGAUGAGCCCCACGCAGAUUUCCUUCAAUGCAGCAGAUGCUGUCAAUGGCCAGUGUUAAUCUGACGUGCCAGGAUUUGUGCUGCUGCUGUCUGGCACCUAACCUUUUCUAUUUCGAAGAAGAAGAAGGGAAAGCCGCAGGCACGUUGCUGUCACCACAUGAUAUACCUACAGUGGUCCAACUUAGAAAAUCAGAGGUCCGCUUGUAAGGAAGGGGUUGUCCUACAUAUUAAAGUUGAAAGAAGAGGGCCCUGCUUGUGCUGUUAAGAAAUACUAGCAUUUGGCAUUUGACUGUACAGUGAAAAAUGUCUCAGAAGAGCUACAUGAAUAUGUAUUUUCCUUGCUCUAAGGUAGUAUUGCAAUGAGGUUCGUUGGAAGAACAGCGAGUGUUAACAGCUUGAUUCAGCAAUGUAAUGCCCGUGGUGCCGUGAAUGCUGGUCCCAUCCAGGACCUGUGCUAAGACUGCCCUUGCUCCGUCUGUCUGUGCCAUGCAGAACAUAUUGUACCGUCACAGGCGUUCGUAUGGCUUAAGAGGUGGAAGAACUCAAAAUACUGUUUCCAAAGUCAGCUUGCUACAAGGCACUGCCAAGAAGAAAAAGGAAGUUGGUGGAAGCUUGAAUAGAGACAUGGGUAUUCUAAACAUUCAAAGAAAGUGGGAGUAUUGAAAGUCAAAGCAGAUUUUACUGUUAAUUACACAAAGUAGCUAAUAACGGAAUCAUUUUUUCUUAAAGAAAAUGGUGAUUUAGUAGGUGAUGUCACUCACAAGAAACAUUAUUAUUUAAAAACAAGUGUCAUCAAAUGGAAGUCUACCCCACUAAAGGCCUAUUUCUUUCAUAUAUAAUGGCUUUGCAAGUGGAUGCUUUAAACAGUAAUCCAAGUUGCAAUAUGCUGUGUUUAAACAAUCCGGUCACCUCCAAUUUCUGUAGCUGUACUAGUUCCACGGCGUUCUUAUGUGCAGGAUUGUCUUAGCCCCUGUUAUAGCAAAACAGCGUUGGACAUACUUGAAGGCUUUUCUGAGAGACGGCAGUGAAUGAAAAAGACUAAUAAAGGACACAUGAACCAGUAUCAAUGCCAUUUUAUACUGCAAGGAUGGUAAUGCAGUGGUUACCAAAAAUUAAGUAUUGUUACGAGCUGUGAAUAUUGACUUUCUUAAAAGGCAACAUGUUCUGCGUACUGGUCUUGUUUUUCUAAGUAAAUCAUACAUCUUAGAAGCUGGCAACAUUUUUUGAUUCUGUUUUUGUGUUUAAACUGUUUCCUAUAAAUCAGAAGGUUUAGCCAAAGACUACUGUUUUCGUCUGUCCGUACUGAGCUUGCAUAUGUGUUUGUGUGCAUGGGGCAUCUCGAUGGUGCUUCGGCUCAUCUAUUUUCCAAGUGGGUAGCCCUUGGCCACACAUAUGCCACUGCAGCCCACCCACUUAAUGUCAUUUCAAAAAUGAGGCAGCAGAGGCAUUGUCUUCAGGAACUGUUGUUAAUGGAAUAAGGAAUUUUGCGUCCAGAUCACCUGUAGGAAUCCAAGCCCUAUUUUUAUCAAUAUUACUGAAAAUAAUUUCGUGGCCCCUUGGCUAUGGUUUCUGUACAAGUACAAAGAGUUCCCCUGUUUGAAAAGCCUUCCUUCCAAUUUCAUGAUAUACGAAGAUUAGAGGAGGAAGAAAGCUGGCAUAGGCAGGUGAAAAGUUCACCAACAGAGCCCAUAGUUGAAUGCGUAUUUCCUGAUUCCCAGUUUAGCAUAGGCCUUUGGCUGAAGUUUGCAAGAAAUAAAGUGAAGGUUAAUCCAAAUAGUGACAGAAUGGGUAACUAAUUUUGAACGCUUGCUGCCAAAACCAGCAGAGGGGCUGGGCCGAAUGCCCCGGCGAGUGAAUGCCCAGAGCACCCCUCUCAUUCCUGCAGCUGGGGCCUUCAGCACGCAAGUGGCUAGGCAGUUCAGUAUGGGGCGGGUUCAUAUGCUUCUUACUGUGCUCUUCAGGGUGGUGAGAAUACCUGCUUCUGGGGCUGUUAAGCCACCAAUAAAAUUAUAUACCUAUAAAAUCCCAGUAUAUUAAGAAGGACAGCCCUAAAAUAUUUCUACGGAUUUUUCGAUUGACAAAUGUCAUAUUCUAUUUUUACAGAACCUGUGUAUCGCAGAAGUCCAUUUCAGCUCUUCCUUUUGUGUAAAAUCAUCAAAGUAUUUCUUUUUGUUCACGCUAAGAACAUGUUUGCGUUGUAAAGCUAGUGAGUGAGAACAACUGAAACACCGUGCAUGCAUCAAACUUGAAUCGAUUGCAGGUAUUGACUUGAAUUACAAGCUCAGGUUUAUUUGAAACCCAAUAAAAGGUUGGGGGAGGCAGGAGAGAAACACGUUUUUUUUUUGUAGAAGAGUCAGAGUGAAAACAGAAAUGUUAAAUCUUUUAUUGUAUUUAUAGAGAAUAUAUGAGUGCCACACUGCUAAACCAUAAGCUUAGACAGUAGCUAUGUACAGUCAAACUGCAGUGACCGUAUAAGAGGCUUAUUGAAAUACGGUAGUGUAAA